AUGCAUGAAUUAUAGGGAAAGUUCUUCGAUCGAAGAAAAACCACGAAAAACAUUGUUUCAAUCAAGCGAUCAGUCUUUUAUACAUACACACAUGCAUUGCCAUUGUUUGCAUGAAUUAUAAAGAAAGUUCAUGUGACAAUUUUCAAAAGCUUAUUUUUAAUUUACCAACCUUGAAUUAGUCGCAUUUGAUCGUUCAGUUUCGUCACACGCUAGUCUCUCUAUACUAGUCUAAACUGCAUCAUGGACAUUGCAUCUCUGCCAGAGGAAAUGCUGCGUGAGAUAUUCACGUUUCUCCCGUUCAAAGAUUUGCUGCGGUGUUCGUUAAUCUGCGUGCACUGGCACCGCAUUGCAGAGCCGCUUAUCUACCGGCGGGCCUGCAUACGGAUCGGCCUGGACAUGGUUGGGACCGAUCAAACGCUGUGGGACAGUGCCCGACAGUAUCACACCGUCAUUGUGGACAAUCCACCUUGUUCGCGCCGCUCGCUGGUCAACCUGCUGAUGCUGCCCUGCAUGGUGAUUUUCAAGCCCACGGAAAUCCAGCUGCGUAACUUUAUCGAAGAAAGUUUGCAUAAGUUCUGCAGACACGGACACCGACUGUUCGAAAAAGCUGAGACUGUUUGCGUCGAGCUGAACGACACCAGACACAACUAUGCGCACGAAGCUAUUGAAGAGUUCAUUUUUAGCUUUCCCACGGUGAAGCACCUCGUUUGGGAUCAGUACUCACUGAUUAAUGGGAGAAAUAUACUGGUGGUAGAUGCACCUUUACUGCAAACCGCUGUGAUAGAUGACUCGAUGUAUGAAAACGCCUCACUCUUGCAUAUAAUUGGAUGCAAUCAACUGCAACACGUGAAAUGUACUCUGCGUUCAAAGUUCUUCGGAAACAUUUUCUGCUGCUCUUUUCAACACUUACAUACGCUGAGCUUGGAUAUACGUUUCCGGAAUAGGAACAUAGACCUUCCCAAGGAUCUGCCUUCUCUAAGUUGGUUAGAGCUUACGGUCUUUGGAGACCUCUCAUCCGACGUACUAGAAACCGUUUUUACCUAUUCCAAACUGAUGGGACUCAAGAUCGCACUUAACGAUAAUGAACCAAAAAACAACUGCAUAAACUUGAACCUUAUGUUCAACAGACUCCCAGAGCUUGAGUCUAUUGAACUGUCCGGACUGUGCUUAGAUCUGUACAACGUAGCUGAUGCUCACCACCUGAAAUUACUCAAAAUGAAACACAUUGAUCUCGUAAAUCCAGUACUUUCGUUCAACGCCCCGAAACUUGAAGUUCUGUCCAUCUGUGAAGAAAACUUAAUCAACGUCUCGUUGACCAACAAUGGCAACCGACUGAAGAAAUUGUUCGUAGAUCUGAGCAGUCACAGUUGGGAGACAGUGAUUGAAGCACGCCUGUUGUACCCAUUUAUUGACAUGUACGACAGCAUUGACGAACUCACACUGAUGGUAAGCCCGAACAACAGUAUUCAGUGCGAAAGGUCAUUCUUUGAACAGUACCCGAUGGACGUUGACAGACUACAGCUACACAAGUUCCAGAUCAGUUGCGAUUUUGUCGAAAGCGUCCAUCAUUGGCGACAUCUGAAGCGGCUUACCCUAAGCGAUUGCUGCGUUGUUUGCAACUGUAAAAUGGGUGCAUGCACAAAACUGACGAAUGGUUUCGAAGGCACGUUAACUCGAUCAAGCGAUGGUCUAGAAAUUGUCGUGAGGAAAAGUCAUGUUGGCAAAAAUACAAACAAGAAUCCCUUUGGUAAGAAUUUCAUAAAUCCCUUGUGACGGAUGCAUCAUUGAAAAGGAAAUAAAAACACUGUUCGAA